CUUUCUCAAACAACAGCAGUCUAUUUGUCGGCUGUUAGGAGACACACAAAAGUGGGAAAUAAAGACAGGUCGGGGUCUCUUGGAAGGGGGAGGAGGCAGAGACAGAUGCACAGGUGGGGCACAGAUUGGAAAGAGGCAUUUGUUUCAGGAUAAACAGAGAGAGGAAGUCUGAAGUGAGGUGGAACACCACUAUUCAAGGACAGGUCGGACUGGUUUCUCCCUCCACAAUACCUGUGUCUCCCUGCUCGCGCACAUUUAUACUUGACAAGGAAGGAAGAGUGAACCAGGCAGAUACUGGGGGAAAAGGGUCUACAGGCUCCUCGGAAACAUUUCAAGAGUUGGCCCUGAGAGGAAUUAAACAUGCCCGAGGAUGAGGAAUACUUUGGAAAGAAUGGCGAGCCGAGGAAGUAUGACCCGGCCUUCAAGGGCCCAAUCCAGAACAGGAGCUGCACGGACAUUGUCUGCUGCAUCUUCUUCAUUCUUGCCAUACUGGGUUAUAUUGCAGUUGGAAUACUUGCCUGGUCCCAGGGUGACCCCAGGAAGGUGAUUUAUCCCACAGACAGCCGAGGCCAGUUCUGCGGGCAGGCCGGCACCCCACUUGAGAAAAAGCGGAUGCUGUUCUACUUCAACAUCAUGAAGUGUGCCAGCCCCAUGGUGCUGCUAGAGUUCCAGUGUCCUACCACACAGAUGUGUGUUGAGAAGUGCCCGGAAAAGUUCUUGACCUUGGUCAAAGCUUACACAAACAACAAAGACUUUGAUUACUAUAAGCAAUUCUGCAAGGAAGGUGUUACUAAUUCAAUGGGUAUUCCAGAAAUCCUCAGGUUGGGUCUCUGUCCUGCCAUGCUGACCCCCAGCAAACCCUUCACUCGCAGGUGUUUCCCAGCAUUGGGACAGAAAGGAGGGGUGAUUACCGUGGGAAACAGCUCUCACUUUGAUGAUGGAAGCGGAACAAUUCGAGAUGCAAAGGAUCUUAUGGAUGGAGUCAAGAAUGCCACUGUGGUUAUUGAGGCUCGACAGGUGGUCAUGAAGAUCUUUGAGGAUUACACGCAGUCCUGGUACUGGAUCCUGUUAGGGUUGGUUAUCGCUAUGCUCACCAGCCUGCUCUUCAUCGUCCUCCUUCGCUUCUUGGCAGGGAUCAUGAUCUGGAUCAUGGUUGCCUUGGUGAUAUUGGUAAUAGGAUAUGGUAUCUUCCACUGUUACAUGGAGUACGCUGCCCUGAAAGAAGAGCCAGGUGCUGAUGUGACGCUACAAGAACUUGGCUUCCAGACAGACUUGACAAUCUACCUGCAGAUCAGACAGACCUGGCUGGCCUUCAUGAUUAUCCUGGCCAUUGUGGAGGUCAUCAUCAUCCUGCUGCUCAUCUUCCUCAGGAAGAGGAUCCUCAUUGCUGUUGCUCUCAUCAAAGAAGCCAGCAGGGCCAUUGGACAUGUCAUGUCCUCCCUCUUCUACCCGUUGUUUACUUUCGUCCUCCUUGCCAUGGUGAUUGCCUACUGGGCUGUAACAGCUGUCUUCUUGUCUACCUCUAAUGAACCCAUCUACAAAGUUUUUAACGAUACAGAAUGCGAACACUCAAGAAAAACCUGCGACCCUGCCAACUUCACCACCAGUCCCAUGAAAUAUCAGUGCCCUGACUCCGAGUGCCUUUUUGCCUUCUACGGAGGAGAAACUGUUUACCACAAGUACCUGAUCGGCUUGCAGUUCUACAACGUCUUCCUCUUCUUCUGGUGUGCCAACUUCGUCACAGCUAUGGGACAGAUGACCCUGGCCGGAGCGUUUUCUUCAUAUUACUGGGCCUUCGUAAAGCCAGACGACAUGCCUGCCUUCCCUGUGUUCUCCUCCUUAGGAAGAUCUCUUAGGUAUCAUACAGGAACUUUGGCGUUUGGCUCACUCAUCCUCUCAAUCAUUCAGAUCAUCAGGGUUUUGCUUGAGUAUCUGGACCACAAGCUUAAAGGAGCCCACAAUAAGUUCACCAAGUUUCUGCUGUGCUGUCUGAAGUGCUGCUUCUGGUGUCUGGAGAAAUGCAUCAAGUUCCUGAACAGAAAUGCCUACAUUAUGGUGGCAAUAUAUGGCAAAAACUUUUGCACCGCUGCUAAAGAUGCCUUCUUCCUGCUCAUGAGGAACAUGAUCAGGGUUGCUGUCUUGGACAAAGUGACAGAUUUCCUCUUGUUUUUGGGCAAACUGCUUAUUGUUGGGCUCGUGGGGGUCUUUGCCUUCUUCUUCUUCUCUGGCAGAGUGAAGGCGUUUGAAAAUACAGCUCCACAUCUCCACUACUACUGGGUGCCCAUCUUGACGGUGGUGGUUGGCUCCUAUCUGAUCGCCCAUGGAUUCUUCAGUGUGUACGCCAUGUGUGUGGACACUCUUUUCCUCUGUUUCUUGGAGGAUCUUGAGAGAAACGACGGCAGCGCAGAGAAGCCCUACCUGAUGCCUGACAGUCUCCGCAAAAUACUGAACAAGAAAAACAAGGACCAGCCGGCUGAGUAAAACGCCUCUUCUUACAGUACAAGCCUUGUACUGCACAAGGCGAGUCUGUGGGCUGGAAUGGACUGUGUUUUGUUCAGUGGAAACGGGCUUGGACACAAAAGUGAUGCCAUCAGUUACCAGGAGCCUGCAGGUGAAAAUCACUAAUGUCAUCCAUGUUGUUACUGCCAAGACUGUGUUUCUUAUGAAUCUGACACCUUGGGUUUUAAUUAUGUCAGCUAUUUAAGUUAGAGGUUUGAAGGUUUUUAAUCAAAUUGUUUUGCCUUUAUAAACACUUUUGGUAUGUUGUACAUUUUUAUCAAAGAUACACCUCAUUUAGUUUAAUUUUUUUAAUAUUUGAGCAUUUCAUAAAAGUAAGUGUAAGGUUGUCUAUAGACAUGAGUUUUUAAACGCUGCUUUUGUGUCUUUUUGAAAUAUGUAGAGUUUUAUUUAAAUAAAUAUUUUAACCUUCUAUUACCAAAGCCAUUACAUUUUCCACUUGUACUCAGUGGAGAUUUGUAUAUCUGCCAUCUCCUCCUUUGGUGCAUCUUUUAUCAUCAGGACUAUGCAGAGAGAUAAAAAAAAAUCAGGCAAACUCUAUCAUGGUGCCUAUUGUCAUGUGUUUUUCUUCAUGUUUGUGGAGUUGAACUGAGGGAGUUUUGAAAUAAAAAUUGUUUUGUACUUAA